GCGAGAAGCUGCCUGGACGGCUUUGAGACAUUCACCACCACGCGUGCCUGAUCAUGCCCCCGUGCGCUCCUUGCUGAUGAAUACUCUACACAUGACUCCGCGCUCUGCCUUGCCUUCAUUUCUCCAUUCAUAAGUACCUCGCCAUCCUCUGUGACGACAUUCUUCCCCGACCCAGAGCCCCACUCCUCACUGUUCGCAUCUCGCGACCUCACAAUGGCCGCGCUCAAGUUUGCACCGUGGCAGAGCGACGUCGAUGUGCAGUUUUAUGCCGCCCUCGCGCAUAUAAAGAUCAACCAUGACAGACUGGACGACUCAGCGCGCAAGGUGCUCGGCCUGUACGAGGUGCGGCCGGGCGACCACCCGUCGCGAUCUAUGCGCAUCCAGAUACACCCAAAUGCGCUGACAUCGGACGACACUCCGCCAAACUACUGCCGCGCGGAAGGCAUCAUCAAGAACUGCAACACCAUCGAAGACUACAAGAACCUCGACCGCACCGCUGUGCUCGAGAGGUGCGCGCAAACCAUAUGGGAAGCUAUCCACGACGGCUCCAUAUACGAGUGUCCCUCCCUUCUCUCCGCCUUCACUGUCAUAACUUUCGCCAAUUUGAAGAAGUACAAAUUCACAUACCACUUCGGCUUCCCUGCGAUCCAGUCAGACCCACAAUGGAAGCAAGUGGGGGACGUCGGCCACCUGAAUCCAAAGGAGACGACACAGCUGGUGGACGCAGUGCAGACGUGGAAAUACAGCGCCGAUGCGCGGCAGCGUGGCUUCUUUCUGGCCAAGCGCGUUCGCCCUGGCGCGGAUGGAGACGAGCGGCCCAAGACUCCCGUUACGCCCAUUGACGAGAUCGGAUACAAGUGGGUGAUUGGCAAGCUGGAGUCUCAAGAGAAGGGCUUCUUCGACAGCAUUGCCAAGGAGGAUUGUUUUGUGUGUUUUGCGGACCCUUCUACCUAUCCGGAGAAUCCCGGGUGGAUGCUAAGGAACCUGCUCAUCCUCAUCCGGCACCGAUGGCAUUUGAACGAAACGCAAAUCCUCUGCUACCGCGACACACACCUCCGACGAGACCAGUCAAACUCUUUGAUCCUGCAACUCCACUCGGAACCAGCUCCUGAAUCGCAAACAGCGGCCUUGGGAGAAACGAGCUCUCGGCCUCGGACUCCCAAGCUGCCCAAAGUGACUGGCUGGGAGCGCACAGAGACUGGUAAGCUAACGUCACGCAGCGUCGACCUUUCAGAGUACAUGGACGAGCGGAAACUCGCCGAUCAAGCCGUGGAUCUCAACCUCAAACUCAUCAAAUGGCGUAUAGCACCGAACAUCGACCUUGAUGUAGUGAAAAACUGCAAAUGUCUGUUGCUCGGUGCAGGAACCCUUGGGGCGUACGUCUCCAGAAUGUUAAUGGGAUGGGGCGUCAGAAAGAUUACCUUCAUCGACAAUGCAACCGUCAGCUUCUCGAAUCCUGUGAGGCAGCCGUUGUUCGAUUUCAAAGACUGUCUUCAGGGAGGCGCCAGAAAAGCUGAGCGCGCCGCUGAGGCAUUAGAGGAGAUCUAUCCAGGCGUCGAAUCAGAGGGCCAUGUAAUGGAGGUCCCGAUGGCGGGCCAUCCAAUCACAGAUGGCGCGCAGACCAAGAGGGAUUUCGACAAGCUGAAGAAGUUGAUUGACGAGCACGAUGCAAUAUUCUUGCUCUUGGACUCACGCGAAAGCCGAUGGCUACCCACCGUCAUGGGAAAGGCGGCAGGAAAGAUUGUCCUGAACGCCGCUCUCGGCUUCGAUACUUACGUGGUCAUGCGGCACGGUCUGAAAGCGACGGCCGAGGGAGAAGAAGAGCUAGGCUGCUAUUUCUGCAAUGACGUUGUGGCACCGGCAGAUUCUCUCAGCAACGCGACCCUUGAUCAACAAUGCACCGUCACGCGCCCUGGCAUCGCGCCUCUCGCUUCCAGCUUGCUCGUCGAGCUUUUGGUUAGCAUUCUGCAACAUCCUUCGAAAUCCCGUGCACCUGUAGACGCAUCGAAGAACCCGAAAGUUUCCUCUCCCUCGUCAUCACAUCCGUCAUUACCUGCGCCUUUCGUUCACCCCCUAGGAACUGUCCCGCACACUAUUCGGGGCUAUCUUAACAGCUUCAGCAAUAUCCAAGUCACGGGAAAACCAUACGAUUGCUGCUCAGCAUGUAGCGAAAAGGUGCUCGCACUUUAUCAAGAAGAUCCUUGGGACUUUGUUCAACGAGCCUUGAACGAAAAAGGAUGGGUUGAGGAAAUGUCGGGACUGGCGGAGGUGCAGAAGAGGGCGGAUGAAGCAGCUGGGGAGGUGGAUUGGGAAUCAGAGGGGGAGGCGGAAGAUGAGGGUGAGGGAGAGUUGAUCUAAAGAGUGGACGGCUGAUGGCACGUGGAUGGAUACUUGGCCCUCCAAAGCUGGCGAGCUAAGAGGGACGUUGGGGCGUUAGCAUUUAUGAGUGCAACGGCGUUUGGAUAGGGCUCGGGCGUGGCAAGGUAUCGGGCGUGAUUUCAUCCCUCUACUAUGUCGGUCUGAAUCUGGACCUAUCUCGUGUGUUUGGCGCAGGACCGGAUUUGGAAACGUCUAGCUCACGCUAGUUUCAUUGCUUGAAACAUUCAUCUCCUCUUCU